UGGCAAACGAAAAUAGCAUAUAGGUUUUUAAAUGAUAUUAUUGAUAUUGAUUUGAUAUUAUUACCGACAAUCAAUAGGUAAUAAGCGGCUGGCGACAUCAACAUCGACGGUGAAUCAGAAUCGGAAUAGCCGGACAGGGUCGCUGGUGUCGGCGAUGGUCAGCUGACCCCGGUCAGAGGUCGGGUCAGGGUGGAUGAUGCCGCUGGGCUGCCAGCUGCGCGUGGCGGGGGUGUACGCCGCCAGCCUGACCGCGCUCUGCUGUCUGCUGCUGCUGUAUUGCGAGCUAGCCCACCACUAUCUGGUACUGACACAGUGCCGAUGGCCGGACCCUCUCCCCGGAGCCGACCCGGGUCUGCGUGUGAUGGUAGUCUCGGACCCGCACCUGCUCGGCUCCCGCCACGGUCACUGGUUUGACCGGCUGCGCCGAGAGUGGCAGAUGCACCGCUCCUACGUGUCGGCCGUGGGACUGCUCCGGCCGCAACUGGUGCUCUUUCUAGGUGACCUCUACGACGAGGGUAAGUGGAGCGAGCCGGCCGAGUUUCAAGAGACGGCCGCCCGCUUCGAGCGCCUGUUCCCCGUCUCUGAGGAUAUGCAGAGGCUGGUGGUGGCCGGGAACCACGACAUCGGAUUCCACUACAGCGCUCACCAGCACCUUUGGCGCCGUUUCGAUGUCGUCCACAACACGUCUGGCGUACGGCUGGUCUCUGUAUCGGAGCGCGUUCAUCUGGUGCUGGUGAACAGCGUGGCCAUGGAGAGGGACGGCUGUAGACUCUGCGCCGCCGCAGAGAAACAGCUGAGCGCCGUGGCAGAGACGCUGCGUUGCUCCCGCAGUCCGAACAAGGCGUGUGACGGUGUACAGAGGGUCCCGUACAGUAGACCGAUUCUGGUCCAGCACUACCCGUUGUACCGCCGCUCGGACUCGCACUGCCGCGGCCCGGACUCCGCGCCCCGCUCAGAGCGCUCUGCACCGUUCCGGCCGGGCUGGGAGUGCCUCUCUCAGGAGGCCAGCGAGGUGCUCCUCUCCCGGCUCAGGCCGAGACUGGUGCUGUCCGGGCACACGCACCAUUUCUGUCGGACCGAACACAGGCUGGGACCCGCGCCCGCUGACGGCGCUGGUGGUGCCUCAGCGGCCGUCAGUGAAGGACAAGAGACGGUGACAGAGUACUCGGUGCCGUCAUUCAGUUGGCGGAACAGAAAUAAUCCGUCCUUUCUCAUGGUGCGCCUCUCCGCUGACCGUCACUCUGUCCAGAAGUGCUGGAUGGCCGAGGAGCGGACCGUGAUAGCGCUCUACCUGGUCGGCGUGCCGGCGGCGCUCGUACUCAGCUUUAUCGUCACCGCGCGAAGAAAGCGCGACACUCGCACGCAAGUACGGAGAACUGGCGGUGGCCGGUCCGGUCACGGGGGUCGCCUGUGUUUACUCUCGGACGGUCGGCCGCUGUCUCCGGGACUAUAUCGUUCCGCCUCCCAUUCACCACGUGGUCCUGUCCGUGCCCCUGCCGGGCCCGGCGUAGGGUGGUGUGAGUGUCCACGUGACGCGGUGGUGGGGCGGCGUCUGCCGGUGUCAGCCGGCUCCAGUGCCACACGGAUCGGGCAGCGGCACACAGAGGUCAGCUCUCGGUGAUAGAGGGCACACGGAGGCUAGUGUGAGCUGUGAGACUUCUGAGAGUUGAGAACUGUGAACUGUGAGCAGCGCCCGUGGAUCGGAAGUGGCGCUGAGGAAACAAGGAGUCGUGAGUGACCUGUGAUAAAGACGCGAAUCCGAGUGACACGUUGGGAACUUACUGGAACGAUGGAGCGCUGCAGUGCUGAUCAGUGUCCGGAGUUUGAUGGAGAUUCGGGGAGCUUAACACCCCACCCUGAGCUGAAUCCGGAACCUCCGGGGAGCCGUCAGGAGCCGGGGCCGGAGCAGGAGCAGGAGUUGCGCGAGGCGUGUGGCGUGUUCGGCGUGGUGGCCGCCAAGCCGUGGCCGACUCAGCUCUCGGUCGCCCACACCAUCUACAUGGGUCUGCUGGCGAUACAGCACCGCGGUCAGGAGAGCGCCGGCAUCGUCACCAGCGACGGCAGCGACGCCGAGUUCUGCCAGCAGCGCGGCGUCGGCCUGGUGUCGAGCGUGUUCAGCGGCGAGCAGCUGGCGCGCCUGCCGGGUAGUCUCGGCCUCGGCCACACGCGCUACUCGACUGUCGGCGCGUCCGACUCCCGGCACUGCCAGCCGUUCAUUGUGCACUCGAAGCACGGUCUGGUGGCGCUGGCGCAUAACGGAGAGCUGAUUAACGCAGCCCGGCUGAGGAGGGAGGUGCUGGACCGCGGCGUGGGGCUGUCCACCACCUCCGACUCUGAGCUCAUAAUGCAGCUGCUCUCACUGGCGCCGCCCUGUGGCGAGCCCAACGGAGCCGACUGGCCGGCCCGGAUCCGACACCUCAUCAGGGCCACACCCACGUCAUACUCCAUCGCUGUGCUCUACAAGGACCGACUGUUCGCCGCCCGGGAUCCGUACGGGAACCGCCCGCUCUGCCUGGGGGAGCUCCGAGAGGUGUCGGCCGGUAUCGGCGGCGCGCAGAACGGCGUCCAUUCGUCCCCGCUCGGCUAUGUCGUGUCGUCCGAGUCGUGCGCGUUCCAGUCGGUCGGAGCGGCGUUCCUCCGUGAUGUCGAGCCGGGGGAGAUCGUCGAGGUGACCUCGUCUGGCGUGCGCAGUAUUGAUGUGGUCCCGAGACGCGGCGACGACCCGCCCGCCUUCUGCAUCUUCGAGUACGUCUACUUCUCUCGCCCGGACAGCUGGAUCGAAGGUCAAAUGGUGUACUCCGUUCGCGAGCGAUGCGGCGCACAGCUGGCUCGCGAGAAGCCAGUACCAGCCGACAUCGUCUCGACUGUUCCCGAGUCCGCCACACCGGCUGCGCUCGGGUUCGCGCGUCAGUCGGGUAUCCCGUACGUCGAGGUGUUCUGCAAGAACCGCUACGUGGGCCGCACGUUCAUCCAGCCGGACCAGCGAGCGCGUGCGCUCGGCGUCAGUAAGAAGUUCGGCGUGCUGCGCGGUAAUGUCGAGGGUCGACGCGUCGUGAUCGUUGACGAUUCGAUUGUCCGAGGAACGACCGUCGGGCCGAUUGUGAAACUCCUAAAAGAGAACGGGGCCGCUGAGGUGCACAUCCGUGUCGCCUCGCCUCCCAUCAGCCACCCCUGCUACAUGGGGAUCAACAUCCCGACCCGGAAGGAGCUGUUCGCCAACCGGGUACCCUCUGAGCAGCGAGCGGCCGCCGUGGGGGCGGAUAGUCUCGAGCACCUCUCCGUGGAGGGUCUGAAAGCAGCGGUGCGGCAGGGCCUGAAGAGACCGGAGCGGUCGGGUCAGUGUGUGGCCUGUCUGACUGGGGAGUACCCCGUGGAGCUGGACUGGUGACCUGGCGGUGACCUGAUGAGUCAGUCACCUUGUGACCUGGGGUCUGGUGACCUGGGGGUGACCUGAUGGGGACCUGAUGAGCCAUCGUCUGGUGACCUGGGGUCUAGUGAGCUGGUGAUUGAGAUUGGCCCAGGGAAAGUUUUUGAUAUAGGUCUACACAGGGCGGAAGAAAUAAAGCUGCACUCGCUGGCGUUUCGGCGAUGCACAUCAACUUAUUUUCUAUGUCUAUCGCUGCCUUUCCCUAUAGUACACCACUCACCAGACUCUGUAUUGAAGGGCUGUAUUCAUGUGCCGUUUUUUAAAAAGACAUUUUUAUGCGCCCGCUCGUCAAGGAUCGUAGAGCAAAUCAAUUUCGUUUUGUUCUGUAAGCUGCCGAUCGAAUAUAUGCAUUGUAUGAUA